GCACGCACUUGGCCUUCAUCUUGGGAACGCUUCGUAAAGGUUUGUCAACAUCUCUUUUAUUGUUGAAUAUCUAACUAUCUUCUUUUUGCCACGAUUUAUCAUUCAUACCUUUUACGUAACUAAGGCUUGCAGUCGGUGGUCGUUAUAGUUUUCGUUUCAAAUCAGGAGAACCUCCUUCGCCAAUGAUAAAUGGCAUUUAAUUUUUUUCCGUUAACCAUCGCCUUUUGUGGACUUUCGUUUCAGCCAGCCGAAUUCCAACCGUAAACUUCGAUUUCUCGAUGUAUAGGUUCACUCGUUAGAAUUGAAGACCCUAUAAGCUAUGCAUGCAAGCUCGAUAAGUAUUAUCCCUUCUGACAAAGUUAUUCGCAACUACAGUUUAGGAAUACAACUUUAGCACACUUUGAAAUGUAGAUUUCAGAUUUUUUAAAGUAGCAUUUAUUGACUGUUGCAUCGAUUUUGCAGGAAAAAACAAAUUUUGCUUUUCAACGGUAUGUCUUUUGGAAAAAUAGCAUCCGCUCCUGCGAUGGGGAGCUACACUGUAAUUUGUCGCGCGCACGUUUUAUGGCUGAAGUUCGAAUAUGCUGUAGAUCACGCUGAUACAUACACUGCGUAUGCUUGCGAUCUACCACAGGGAUGGCCGUUCAACAAGAUUGCAAACACGCGAAAUCGAUAUUUAGCGCACAAUUUAUCGCAGAGGCUGGCGAAAAGCGUUAUACUUUCGGUCGAAUUAAACCACUCUACGUGAAGUUACCCUUACUAUAUGUGCACGACAAAAAACAAUUAUUUGUGAAGUUGUUAGAUGUUAGUUCACCCUAGAUUUGACCUCUUUUUAGAUUUUAAGUGAUUGAAAAAAUUGAUGCAUGUGUAAUUCCGUUUUAAGUAUGUUUUUACUGAUUUGUUAUCUUGCUUUGUAGGUAGGUUUCUCUGGAUUCAGGGAAUCGAAAACACAAUUGAGAAUGGGAUCCAAAACUGACGAAAUGAAGAUGUCAGAAUUUACCAAGAUAGAAAAGAUUGGGGAAGGUAAUGAAACAGCUGUUUGAUGAAAGAAGUUUAAACGGGAGUUACAAAAUGAUGCUUAAAGAAAACUUUUUUGCUUAUCUAGCUUUAUUGUGGCUAAGAUGUGACUUUUAAACUUAUUGAGGGGUUUUGGUAUGCUUUUCUGUAGCCUGAUCUGGAGAAGCAUCAGUGAUGCAACAUUACCUAUCAAGUUAGCCAAUUAAUACGCUCAGGGCUUGAAUUCUUAUCCUGAUUCCAUGUGUUGCAAUUACAACAUUGUAAUCACUGAUCUACAUGUAGACGUGACCCACCUCAAAGGAGAGCACUCUUUUUGAUAGCAACAUAUGAGAUUUAAGUUUUUUUAUAUCGCAGUUGUCAUUUUGAAAUUUACCUUGCAUGCAAACUCUGUCAUAGGCACAUAUGGUGUUGUGUACAAAGGCCGCAAUAACAGGAAUAACAAGCUGGUUGCAUUGAAGAAAAUUAGACUUGAGCUAGCUGAUGAAGGAAUUCCAAGCACAGCAGUGCGUGAAAUUUCAUUGUUAAAGGAACUGAAUGGACACCCCAAUGUUGUCAAUCUAGAAAAUGUUCUACAUGAAGAUUCUAAACUAUAUUUGGUGUUUGAAUUUCUACUGUGUGAUCUUAAGAAGCACCUGGACUCAACAAAAGGAUCGCUAGACCAUAUGUUAAUCAAGGUAUGCUUAUGAUAGUUUUCAGUACCAAAUAUGCAUGUAUCAUUCAGCUGAAACUGACAAUUGUUGUUUCACUAAUGGAGGCAAUGGGCCUUCAGUGUAUUCUUAGAUGGCCUUUAUAUGAGUACAAGUGCAUAAGAGUUCCCAAAAUAAAGUUAACAACAUCAGUAGGGACUGCUUUAUUAUUUAUUGGUAAUAUUUACCCAUGCUGGCCAGUUCAGUCACAAGCUGGUUUGAAUGGCGCCAGUGCUGGAUGAUGGUAGCAUUCAAGUCAACAUUGCUGAAGUCAAAUUAAUUUCAAGUUUUUGUCUGAAAAGAUGAUGGUCAAAUUAAAACUUGCAAUAGCAGAAAAUGAAAAAUUCAAAAUUUUAUUGGGUGCAAUGAUGAAACCAAUGAAAAUAAUUUUCUAAGAUGGAAUGUAUGAUAAGAGAGAACAAAUGAGUGAUCUAAUGUGCAACUUGUGUUAUUUUUCUAAUAUUGUGAAAUGUUGGACUGGUGAGGUGACUUGGACCGGUACAUUGAAGAAUAAAACCAUUUGAUGUGACAUGUGUAAAAUAAAUUAAUAUCUUACAUUGAUUUUCCUACAGAGCUACCUUUACCAAAUCACAAAUGCCCUCUACUUUUGCCACAGUCGCCGAAUCUUGCAUCGUGAUCUGAAACCCCAGAACCUUUUGAUUGAUGAGCAUGGGCUCAUCAAGUUAGCUGAUUUUGGCCUUGGGAGGGGGUUUGGAAUCCCUGUAAGAGCUUACACACAUGAGGUAGGAAUAGUCAACUUUGUAUGUAAUCUUGCAGUUGUUGUCUUUGGAGCACAGACUUCAUGUACAUGUACUAGAGAAAAACAACACAAUUUCAACCCCUUUAGAAAAUCAUCAUAAAAAUGGGGUUUUCUGAACUCAUAGAACUCAAGCAGCCAGUUAUUUACACAAGGUCUAACCCAAAUCAUGAUUUUACAUUAACCCUUUAACUCCCAGAAUAAAAUUUUUCAUUCUCCUUACUGUCAACUACACAAUUUAUAUGAUGUUAGUUCAGAGAAUUUAGUAUUGGAUCAACUAAUUAUCCCCAAAUUGAUAUUUUUCUUUAUUCUUAUCACUUAUCUGGUUGAUAUUGUGUUGAUAUUGUAAGGAGAAAUUCUGUCUUGGUCACUCGUGGGAGUUAAGGGUUAACAGUUGACCUCAGUGAUUCUCUUCUAAAACAAUUGUCCUUCCACUGUUAGCUUUCAGCCCUCUUGAUGCUGUUUGCCUAGAAGGCGGUUUUAUCAAAUAACAGCUAUACUUUGAUAAAAUAACCUGUUCAAUAAGUUUUUGUUUAGAAUGUUUUUGUAAUAAUGUUUAUGUUAAAUUUAACUGUUGGUAACUGUUGUGCAAAAAGGACUAAUUGACUUCAAAACCUUCUGCUAGUUUUUUAAUAACUAGGAGAUAAUUCACCUUUCCCCUGGGCAGGAUAUGUUGAAAAUUUACUUGAUGGGUACAAAUCAUAUUUCUUCCUAUCCCAGACAAUGAUAUCAGGCAUUUGUUAACUAAAGUUCAACUGUAGCAUUUAUGUCUUCUCUAUGCUUACCUUACAAACCAUUGCUGACCAUCUCUGUUUAUUUUGAACCCUGUCUUGGCCAACUUUUUACCAAAAUGUAUAUUAAAAUAUAGACUGGUCUCAAAGUGGUAUUCAUUUGAAUUUAUGUUUUCAAGAGUUUUUGCAAUUUGCUGUGCAUGUUGAACAUAGUUAUUUAUGAAUUUUUUUUUUUCGUUGAAAAAUUAGCUUAAAAUAUUUUUUUUAUGUUAGGUGGUAACUCUGUGGUAUCGUGCACCUGAGGUUCUCUUGGGAGGCCAGCGGUAUGCAUGUCCAAUUGACAUCUGGAGUGUAGGAUGUAUAUUUGCAGAGAUGGUUACAAAGAAACCAUUGUUUCACGGUGAUUCAGAAAUUGAUCAACUUUUCCGUAUUUUCAGGUUUGUAUGCAGUUCUCUGAAAUCCAUUAUUUUAAAUUCCCCAGCCUCUACCUGCAUGAUACUCUGCUACAAAAUUGGCUCCUUCACUCAAAGGCUUCACAGAAUCAGAAUUGCUCAAGAACACUGAGAAAAGUUUCAACUGUUGAUAAGACAGGCUUUCAUCAUGCUUAUUUCAUAGUUACUGUAUGGUUAUAUGGUUAUACCACCUGUAUUUUUAUGUAUCAUAUACUAUAAGUACACAUAUUUUCUGAGGCUAAAAACAACAGCUGCAUUACAAACGCUGUGCCACCAGAAGAGAUUUGACCUAAAUGCGCUAGUCUAUGGUUUGCGUGUCAUUCUAAAUGGUCUCUUACAUUACUAUGCUAAAGCAUCUUCAGAUGGGCAACAUGAGUGUAGCUGUUCCUAAAUUGUUCUGAGCCCUGUGAUUCUUACAGACUGUGUCACUUGUUUCUCAAAGAAUCCUAGGUACACCAACAGAGCAAAACUGGCCUGGAGUAUUACAACUUCCUGAUUACAAACCAAACUUUCCUAAAUGGAGUGGAGAAGGACUGAGGAAAGUAGUACCACAGUUGGAUAAUAAUGGGCUUGAUCUUUUAGAGGUACAUCUUCCUUAUUACUUUGGCUUACCACAUUCAUCAUUGUUUCAGCUCUUGCAUUCUUUAAAUCCUAUUCAGUAAUUGCAUGCUCUGGUGGUCAAUUUUUUUUUUGCCACGGGAAAGUAUGACAACAGAUUAAACAUCUCUAAUGAUUAUUCACCCUCCAGGUCUGGUAUAUUCCACCAUAGUAUUAUUAAUGAAAGAUUUUUUGUUGAAUCAAUGAGGAAAAGUUAGUUGAAGACAGAAACUUACUUGCUCAAAAGUAAUCAGAAAUUUACUCAAAAAACUAGCAAAAUUCUGCCUGUUUAGGGAAAAAAGCAGUAAACUUUCAGUGUAAGCUUAUUUUUGUUGCUAAAAAAUGUAUGCUAAUGGAAUGUGCAAUACAGCUUAUUAUAAUGAGGCUUUGCCAAUGCAAGGAGGUGAGGUAUCAAUUGUGUCUUUAAUAGCUUUUUUCACAAGUUGGUUGGAUUGCUGCCUGUGGCUACGUUAUAGCCCUACAAGUCUUAUUUAUGAAAUAUCAAAAGGCAAAAGGCCUUAAAAACCCCCAUUAGACCACUGAUAACACAGUCUUAAAGUUUACUUUUCAAGCCAGAGUGUUUAUUUUCCUUUUUUGAUUUAGAAAAUGCUCAAAUAUGAUCCUGCUAAAAGAAUAUCAGCCAAAGCAGCUUUGGAUCAUCCUUACUUCAAUGACUUGGACUUGUCAACCCUUCCUGCCACCAAAGAAAUGACAAUGAAUGGAAUGAUGUUUUAGAACAGAGCUCUACACUUUCUAUAAAUCACACUCUUAGUAUUCUUUUUUGCAUAAUGUAAAGAACUCAAAAUUUUCUCAGCCAAUUAAUCAGCCUUUUUGUUAUCUGUAGACAUAAGUGCUAAAACUGAUUAGAAAAUGACACAUAUGUUACAUUUCAUGUAUUUUUAAAAGGGAAUUGUUUCUCUUUAUUACUGAUUAGUGUUAAUUUAAUGGCUCUAAGAGCCUGUGCUUCACAAUCUCAUUACAAGACUAAGUAACUUUCAAAAUACAAUCAGUCCUGGAGAGGUACUUAGUUCAAUGUACAUAAUUAUUAAAUCAACUUCUUUUGUUUUCCAUUCCUUGAACUUGAACCACAUUUCUCAAUGAUCAUGUUCAAUCUUUUCUAAUAGCCUUGAAAUUUGCUUUUUUUUAAAACACUCAAUAACAGCUGCUUUAUAAAUAUUUUUGUUGCUAUAAUUUGUAUAUACUGUAUUAACUUUGCAAAUUUUACAUUUAAUUAGAAGGAUUAAAGACAAAGUAUCCAUAUUAAGUUUAAGUAAGAGGCAAAUUGGAGGAACUCUAUGAGAUCUCUGAGUGCAACAAUGCAAUAACUCCCUCAGAUAAACACCAUGAGGAUGAGGGUAACUUGCAGCUUGAUACAUUUUCCUAUUCAGAGUUACAGAAAUUUUUCUUUUAGUUGUCUAGUGUAAAUAGUUGCCAUUUGCCUAAUAUCUUUAAAAAUAUCAAGAAUGUUACCUUCAAUUUUUAAUUACCUCUCCUGUGCUAGCUUUGAUGUACUGUUUUUGUAUUGCAGUUCACUAUUACUGAAAGUGUACUUACUGAUACUUUUUUCCAACACUAUCAGAUUAUAAU